UCCGGCGCGAGGGGCGGCCGCAAUGCGCUCGGCCUGAGGCGGUCCGGCCUGGCCUUACCUUGCUUCCCUUGACUGUUCCACGGCGUCUCUGCGCCCCGGCGUCAUUCUGCGAGUGCCCCUGACGGGAGGGAAGAUGGCUACACGGAGCUGGCUGGACGAGCUGGCCCAGCAGGCCGAGGAGGGCUCAGCCCGGCUGCAGGAAAUGCUCUCGGUCGGCCUAGGCUUUCUGCGCACCGAGUUGGGCCUCGACCUGGGGCUGGAGCCGAAACGGUACCCGGGCUGGGUGAUCCUGGUGGGCAUGGGCGCGCUCGGGCUCCUGCUGCUCUUCCUGCUCGGCUACGGCUGGGCCGCGGCUUGCGCCGGCGCCCGCAAGAAGCGGAGGAGCCCGCCUCGCAAGCGGGAGGAGGCGGCGGCCGCGCCGGGCCCGGCCGCUGACGACCUAGGCGUGCUGAAGAAUCUCAGGAGCGAGGAGCAGAAGAAGAAGAACCGGAAGAAAUUGCCGGAGAAGCCCAAACCAAACGGACGGACCAUCGAAGUGGCUGAGGAAGAGGUCGUCCGAACUCCUCGGAGUGCAGCAGCUAAGCAGCCAUUAGAGACACACAAGAAAAAUGAAAAGUCAAAGAAAAAUAAGAAGAAAUCAAAGUCAGAUGCUAAAGCAGUGCAAAACAGUUCACGCCAUGAUGGAAAGGAAGUUGAUGAAGGAGCCUGGGAAACUAAAAUUAGUCACAGAGAGAAACGACAGCAGCGUAAACGUGAUAAGGUGCAGUCUGAUUCUGGUUCAUUGGAUUCAACUAUCCCUGGGAUAGAAAAUACCAUCACAGUUACCACCGAGCAAGUUACAACUGCAUCAUUUCCUGUUGGUUCCAAGAAGAAUAAAGGUGAUUCUCAUCUAAAUGUUCAAGUUAGCAACUUUAAGUCUGGAAAAGGAGAUUCUACACUUCAGGUUUCUUCAGGAUUGAAUGAAAACCUCACUGUAAAUGGAGGAGGCUGGAAUGAAAAGUCUGUAAAACUCUCCUCACAGAUCAGUGCAGGUGAGGAGAAGUGGAACUCUGUUUCACCUCCUUCUGCAGGCAAGAGGAAAACUGAACCAUCUGCUUGGGGUCAAGACGGUGGAGAUGCUAAUGCAAAUGGAAAAGACUGGGGAAGGAGUUGGAGUGACCGAUCAAUAUUUUCUGGCAUUGGGUCUACUGCUGAGCCAGUUUCUCAGUCUACCACUUCUGAUUAUCAGUGGGAUGUUAGCCGUAAUCAACCAUAUAUCGAUGAUGAAUGGUCUGGGUUAAAUGGUAUGUCUUCUGCUGAUCCCAGCUCUGAUUGGAAUGCGCCAGCAGAAGAGUGGGGAAAUUGGGUAGAUGAAGAAAGAGCUUCACUUCAAAAGUCCCAGGAACCAAUUCCUGAUGAUCAAAAAGUUUCAGACGAAGAUAAAGAAAAGGGAGAGGGAGCUCUUCCAACAGGGAAAUCUAAAAAGAAGAAAAAGAAAAAGAAGAAGCAAGGUGAAGAUAACUCUCCUGCACAGGACACAGAAGAAUUAGAAAAAGAGAUUAGAGAAGAGCUCCCAGUGAAUACCUCUAAGGUCCAUCCAAAACAGGAAAAAGCUUUUUCUUUGAAGACCAUAAGCACUAGUGAUCCAGCUGAAGCGCUCAUCAAAAAUAGCCAGCCUAUCAAGACUCUUCCACCUGCUGUUUCUACCGAGCCAUCUGUUAUUUUAUCAAAAAGUGAUUCUGACAAGAGCUCUUCCCAAGUGCCACCGAUGCUACAAGAAACAGAUAAAUCCAAGUCGAAUACUAAGCAAAAUAGUGUGCCUCCUUCACAGACCAAGUCUGAAACUAGUUGGGAAUCUCCCAAACAAAUAAAAAAGAAGAAAAAAGCCAGACGGGAAACGUGAAUAUUUUUUUUCCUGAAUUGGACAUGUGUUUGCAAACACUGUCUUGAAGAUUAUGCUGUUUAUGCAAUAAUUUGUGAACAUGUACAGAGUUUUAUAUAAAUUUAAACCAAUUUUUAAAACAAAACUGAACACAACCACCGUAAAAAUGGAAUCAAAGGAAAGUUAAUUUAUGAAAUUAAGAGGUCAGCAGAAUUGGAAGACACUUGGGGAAAGUCUUUUCAAUCUAACAAGAACGAUCUUAAUUUAAGAAUAUUAUCCUGGUUUUACAACAGUGCCCUGUUUACAACAGAUUGUGCCCUGUCUCAUCUGUAGCUGAGGAAUAAAGGAUUCUGAUUAGAGAGAGGGUUGCCUACAUAUUCGUAGGCAGCUUCUUGGAUCUUAUGCACGGAACUUAAACCGUUUGAAUCUGUUUUAUGCUUAAAUCAAAGUGCUUUGAUCAAAUGCAUAAUCUGCCAUAUCUUUACAUAUUUGUUGGUAGCAAUUUGUAUUAAAGAAAUCACAAGUGCAAAUAAAAAGUCAUUUAUCGUUUGUUUAACUAAACUGUCAUGGUUUAGUUUACAAUUUUUAAAAAGUUCUUAAAACAUUCAAAAUGCAGUUGACACUUGUAUGGCUUAUGAAGUUAUUUUUGAUAGUCUUACUUUACUUGAAUUGUUCAAAGUACAGUAUAUUUUAAGUUAAGAAAGGUAAACUAUAUAUUUGUUUUAUACUUUUAAGGUUCAGACUCACAAAUAAUGCUCUUGUUGAUGAUUUGAAAACUUUCAGGCAAAAUCCACCUUACAUUUUUUCCUUUCCCUAGCAAUUACUUUUUUUUCCAGCAUCAACUCUUCAUCAUUACUAAUACUUUUUUGACUUUAAAAAUGAAAUCUUUCACAAACUAGUUAUACAGACAGAACUUUGAUUAUAUGAUGAAGAAUGAAAAACUAAAGUCAGACAGCUUUAAUUGACAUUGUCAAGACCUCCAGUUAUCAGGAAUACAUUUUUUUACUGCCUUAACCUGUAGUGCGUAGAAUAUGCAUCAAUUUCUUGAAGGGGAUUCGUGUUUUUAUAAGAAUUUUCAUGUAAUUAUUGCAAUCGUGAUCAAAUAAGGAACGUUUCCUGCUUGAAACUGUAUUGAUUUAAAUGAUGUGUGAGAUGUUUCACCAUUUUCAGGCACUGUGUAAUUCUAUUGUAAUAAACUGGCAGGUAUCUUUGUAACUAUAAAUAGUGCAUGCUCAGCCAUGUACACUGUAAAUAGCCUUUACCAAACGUGUUUGACAAGGACCAUAAUUAACAUCACUUAGUGAAUUGUGAUAAAGAAAAAAAGCCAUGA